AUGGACAAGUCGCGCCGCAUUUCAGAGUUCUCCUCAUCCGACGACAAGUGCCCGCAAUGCAAGACAGACCGAUACCUCAACCCUCGUCUGCGUCUACUGGUCAGUCCAUGCUACCACAAGAUGUGCGAAUCGUGCAUCGAUCGCAUCUUUUCGCUCGGUCCAGCACCGUGUCCAGAGUGCGGCAAGAAGGUAUCCAAGAAUCAGUUCACUGCGCAGACCUUCCAGGACCUUGGAGUGGAACGCGAAGUUGCCGUCCGACGCACGGUGGCCAAACUAUUCAACCGCCGUCAAGAAGACUUUGUGGAUCUCAAAGCGUACAAUGACUACCUGGAGGAAGUCGAAGAGAUCACCUUCAACCUCAUACACGAGAUCGAUCUUCCACGCACCAACGCCAAGCUCGAGCAGUACCAAGCCGCACAUCGUUCCGCCAUCGCCAGCUCGGCAAACAUCUCGCAGCAAGAGUCGGAUCGACAAGCCCGCGUGGACGAAGAGGAGAAGCAGGCAAGGAAGGCACGCGCCGAGCGGGUACGCCAGCAGGAGGAGGCGGAGCGCGAGGAGCGCGAAAAGGAGCGGCUCGAGAUGAUGCGUGAGCUCGAAAAGGGUGGAGAUCCGGACGAGCUUCUGGCCCAACAGCGCAGAAAGCGUCUAGAGCGCGAGGAGCGUCAGAGGCUGCUAGACCUCGAGACAGCACGACGAGAAAAGGAGGCAGCACAAGCCUCGGCGAACGGGGCCGCAGGCGGAGCAGACGCUGCGGACCGAAGACCGUGGAGUCUCGACAUGAUCCUCGAUUUCGAAGGACCUCUGGCGUUUCUGGACGAUGCAAGCGCACUCUUCUCUGUACGCAAAGCGCCGACAGCUCUGGGAGGACUCGAGGGUGUCAAGGGCGCAGCGGGGUACGAGGACCCGUGGCUGACACCAGCGUGGGUCACUAAGGAACAGAUUGCACGCUACCGUGCAGGCGGGUUUGAUUGGGAGCGUCAAGUAUGGACACGAGGCAUCCGAGCUGCUUGCGAAGGCAUUGGUGCAGCACCUCUCUCGGAUGACAGGGUCGACCGGCCCGUUCCAAGCAUGGAGGUCGACGCUUGA